CACAUCUUCUACUACUACGACAAGGUGUAGGUGUUUGGAGAUGGCCUCAGAGAGCUCAGCAUCAACUGCCCUUUUCCUCUCCAUCAACCUUCUCUUCUUUGCCUUUGCCACUGCUACUAACAGCAGCCCAUGCCCACCUCCACCUACCCCAAAGCCAAGGCCCACGCCCAAUCCGAACCCAAAACCCACCCCAACUCCCACACCUUCAAGACCCACCCCAACUCCCACACCUACAAGGGGUACAUGCCCUAGAGAUGCACUGAAGCUGGGCGUAUGCGCCAAUUUGCUAGGGUUGGUGAAUGUGGUUGUGGGGUCCCCACCAACACUCCCAUGUUGCUCCCUGAUCCAAGGGCUUGCUGAUCUCGAGGCGGCCAUAUGUCUGUGCACUGCCAUCAGAGCCAAUGUCCUAGGCAUUAACCUCAAUAUUCCAGUCUCCCUGAGCUUGGUCUUGAACAACUGUGGGAGAAAGGUCCCAUCUGGGUUUGAAUGUUCCUAGCCAUUGGCAGUGACACUCCCUUUCUAUAUUUCUCUUACUAUGUGUUUUGAUGCAUUUGAAUAAAGAAAUUCUCAACACUUUGUUAUAGUUGGGAAAGGAUUUCUCAUAUGUAGCUAGUACUAUAGGUUGGGAUGAAAUAAGAUGUAUUGAUUUGAUUAUGUUAUUGGAAUUAAAAAGCUACUUUGCCAUGGUUUUUUUUUUUUUUUUUUGCCAUGUGUUGGCUUCGUGUUUCAAUUUCACUUUCUAAACUUAUGUGUGGCAUGCAUGCAUGAGAUCUGGACCAUUCAUUUGUUGGGCUUAAUUGGAUGGCCAUAACCACACAC